AUGCACGGGGCGUGCCCGGCCCGGCCCGGGACUACAACUCCCGGCGUGCUCCGCGCGGCGGCCACGCCCCGCUGUGGCUCCUGCAGCCAGGACUACGAGUCCCAUCGCCCCCCGCGCCCGGCCGGAAGCGGCGCGAUGGCGGCCCGAGCCCGGCCCGGUGCGGCCGCGGCCCCGGUUCCCCGCGGCCCCGACACCGAGCGCCUGGCGCGGGUGCGCCCCGGGGACACCGUCGGGGCGCUCAAGAGGACCUACUUCCCGGGCCAGGAGCAGCAGGUGCGCUUGAUCUACCAGGGGCAGCUGCUGCGCGACGACAGCCAGAGCCUGGCGGGGCUGCACCUGGGCCACCUGAGCGUGCUGCACUGCCACCUGUCCCCGGCCAGCGCGGCGCCCGCGGCCCCGGGCAGCCCCGGCCCCCGCGGCCCCGCGCCCGCCGCGCUGGGCGUGGGCAGCCUGGCGCUGCCGCUCUUCGUGCUGCUGCUGGCCCUGCUCUGGUACCUGCAGCUGCAGCACCGGCACGUCUUCACCGCCACCGCCACCACCUGCCUGGCCGGCCUCACGCUGCUCGUCACCUUCGUGGCCUUCGCCAUGUACCGCAGAUAGCGCGGCCCGGAGCCGCCCGGGGACACCGGGACCCGGAGCCGCGCCCGGACACCGAGAGCCCGCCCGCCCGCCCGGGCCGUGCGGGGCUCUGCGUUCAGCCCGCUGGGCACACCGGGGCACUGCCCGGCGCCUGAAGGGGGGCUGGCCCCGGACUGUGCCCCCAGAGCCCCGAGCAGCGCCCGCCCGGCCCUGUCUGCACACAGCGGCUGUGGCGGCUCAGCUGCCUCGGGGGUGCCGGUGCCCCGUGCCUGCAUGGAGCAUCCCCCGGUGCGGGCCUGCCCGAGCUGCUCUCCGUGCCCCGGGAGCUUCUCCUCGCGGGAAUGCGGCCUGGCUGCUCCCGCUGCCUGCCCAGGGACAUGAGCCCCGGGGUGCCGAGGGUCCCGGUGCCGGCGGGACGCGCUCCUGAGGUCCGUGUGCCGGGGGCGGAUUUCCGCCCCGAGGCGGUCCCGGUGCCGGCUGCGCUCCCCGGGGUUCCGAUGCUGUGUUGGGGGUGCCGCCCCGCGCCGCCGUUCCGAUUAAAGCGGACAGACUGUGACCGGC